UCCAGUGCAGUUGUCGAGUCGAUCGUGGACAUACAUGGUGCAGUCGCUCAUGAUUGUGCUGAUUUGUAGAAUGAUAUUGCAUUGUUGGAGGUCAAGUUUCGUGCACCAUGUCCACAGUGACUCUUUCCUUCCUUCAUAACACAUUUUCUUGAAGUAGAAAUUACUAGUAUUCUCUAUGUUCAUUGUCGUAGCACGGGCAAACUAUGGACCCUAAUAUGAUGAAUAUCCACAAUCUCGAGUCCCCUGAAAAGCUAGAAGGGUGGUUAGACUUUCUGGAAGCAGCUUUCAAAGAGAAGGGUACGCCACGACACUAUUUUGAAGCUCAUGUCAAGAAUGAUCCUGAGUUUGAUCCUUCACAAGUGUGGGUUGUUGAGAAGGAUGGCAGCAUUUUGAGCACACUGCGCCUGUUCAGUAGACGGAUUUACGUCGAUGGAGAUGAAGUAACAAUGUUUGGUGUGGGUGAAGUGUCCACAAGACCGGAUGCAAGAGGUCAGGGAUUGGCUAGCAAGCUCCUGUCCCAUGUCGUAUCGGUCCUUCAAGAUAACAAGCAAUAUGCCAUUGGCUGCCUUCACUCCAGCCGCAAGCAUCUACAGGAAUUCUAUGGCCGUCGCGGUUGGCAAUCUGUGCCUGUUGAGUAUGCUGACCUGAGUGCUACAGUAGAUUCAAGACAACUCGCACAAACGCAGCCAUCACCACUGCUUGUUGUCCAUGAAGUCGACUGGAAGAAUUUGGAUCAUGUGCGUGCCAUGUCAAGCCUCUAUGAGUGCAGAAUGUCUUGCUGCAAUGGUCCAGUAGUGCGGAGAGCAAGCACACUGCAUGACCUGGCAUACUGGCAAAACUGGAUCGGGCUGACUGAUGGAGUUUGUGGAUUCCUGGCUAUGUCAUCAGACAGGCAACAGGCAUUGGCGUACUGCCUCAUCAAAACAACAACUGCUCCUGUGUGUGAUUCGCCACGUCGCAUUGAUUUGGCAGAGUUGUGUUAUGCACGAUCACAUGCGGCGUCUCGCGAUGGUCCAGUGCCAGGUGAUGCGGCAAGCGGCUUGGCAACAGUGGCGGCUACUGAAUGCUUGAGAAACUGCUUUCUCUCCUGCACCAGCACAGACUUACAGGCCACCCAGCAACACACGGCAGAGGUGGUGAUAUCUAUGCCGAAAACACUAUUCGAUGACGCAGUGUUUUCUGCGGCCCUAUCUAGUCUUGGGCUGGUGAGAGCCGAGAUGGCUUCGCGCAUGGACAAUGGCUUUAUGUUUAUCUUGCUUGACCAGUCUGCUCUCUCCGGCAGCGCCCAGCAAAGAGUAACCAGCGCAGGCAGAGAAGAGGAAAGCAGUCAGUCACCUGCGAUGUCAAAACUGUUGGCUCCUCUCGUCUUCUCUCGGCUGGACCUCUUUUAGCUUGGUGCUGAAAGCUCAGCUUAAAAUGUGCUCUGCUGCGCCGAGUAGAGUCCCCCCCCCCCCCCCUUCCUUCAGGGUACAUGACAUGUACUCUUUCAUCAUACACAAAGUCACUUUAAAUGAAGAUCACAGUCAGAGUGCUGUCUCUAGCCCCGGUUGAUAUUUUAUUACUUCGAAUUACAUCUGCAGACGUUACCGCUAUGAUCCCAUAACAAGACAAGUUGACAUCAGUAUUCAUUUCGUCACUUUCGUAUUCAACCAGCGAAUAUGUCACAAAUGAAACUGAAUCAAAGCAAUUUCAAAAUUAGCCAGCUAUUAAAUAUAAAAAAACAAGAAGAAGACCUGUUGCUAGUAUGCUUGCCUGGUACGGUAUUUCGUUGGAAUUUGGAAUAUUUCAUUCUGCACAAUCUUUUGCACUGCAGCCUUCCACCGUAAUUGAAUUUCAUGAAAUAUACAAUGUACAUCUUUCCUCUAUCUUUCCCUCAAACCAAUGAAUAUACAAUGUAUCUUCAUCAUCAAUUUAAUACUUUUGACGUAGUUAUAAUUAUUAUAAUAUCAGCUGUCACGAAAAUCUGUGAGUGUUCUUUUGGCAUGGUCUGCCAUGAACCUUUCAUAAUAAGUAUCUUGAUUUCAAGUUUUUUUCAAGUUCUGCAAGUUUCAUGGUGAUAUCAUGUGGUGCACAUAGUGGAAACCAUAUGAUGGUAGA